AUGGACACUCUAAACGGAUGCCUGUGCAGUGUGGUAUUGCACUCAGGAUGCAAUGGCUUGGUAAAAUGUAAAAGGGUUGGAUGUGAGACUCAACAGUACCACCUACAAUGUGUUGCAUUGGAGAUAGCCCCACGAAAUUGGGUAUGCGAAGACUUAGAGGAUUAG